ACAUUUAGCCAAAGAAACACUAAUAUAGAAACUUAGCAGGACUUUGUACCCCACAACAGUGUCUCAAGGGAGCCCCACUAAGGUUAAAGGCUGAUGUUCUGCUAUUUUCCUUUCUUUUAUUACUCCUUACUGGAGAGAGAAAUCAAAGAUUUUCAGAUUUUUAGCACUGAGUUUUGAAAGCAAGUUGAAGUUUUUCGAGGUGAGUCCAUGUAGAAGUGCAGUUCGGACACAGAACCAAACUGAAGUCCUCAUAAGACACCAUAUCAAACUCUUUUCUGAUUGGACAUAGUACCGGACUGACAUGCAGAAGUGAAUCUUAUCAUGAGGCAUCCACUCUUGAGGACUCUAUUGUUCAUCAGACACUGAGGAUUGGAUACUGAGAAUGGAACCAUGAUGUCUAGGACUACGUUUUUAGACUUUAACUGUCUGAACAUGGUUUUACCUGUCUGCUUACUUGGUUGAGCUUGCGAAUACACCGACACUCUUCUGAGGAUGUUUCUUACUGAAAAAGUACUGGUAAAAGGCCAAGGUUUAUAGCUGUUCUGCAACUCUUUGAUAUGACGCACAAGUAUUCUUGUAUCGCCAGGAGGAAUUCGCUCUUUAACUAUGGCUCUAUUAGGAGACGACACUCUUGCAUUGGUUUCGAUGUGGAAAAUGGCUUGUCAAUUGGGCGCAGUCCACUGGACCCUACAGUCAGUCCAAGCUCCGGUCUGGUCCUUCAGGCAAACAGCCAACGGCGCGAGUCUUUCCUCUACCGCUCAGACUCGGAUUUCGACCUCUCACCUAAGACUACGUCCAGAAACACCUCCACCGUCACCGAGCUUCAUGGAGAGGACAUGAUUGUAACACCAUUUGCUCAGGUUCUUGCCAGUCUACGUACUGUGAGGGGUAAUGUUGCAGCUUUAACACACGUGCAAGACAAAAGCAACAGGAGACCAUCAGGCACUAACCCUCAAUCUGUCUGCAAGACAAACUUAUCAGUUGCAGAUGAGGCGCAUCAGAAACUUGCCGUUGAGACUCUUGAAGAGCUGGAUUGGUGUUUGGAUCAGCUGGAGACCCUGCAAACACGUCAUUCCGUUAGUGAAAUGGCCUCAAAUAAAUUUAAAAGAAUGCUCAACAGGGAGCUCACUCAGCUAUCUGAGACCAGUCGUUCAGGAAACCAGGUGUCGGAGUUCAUAUCUAGCACAUUUUUACAAAAACAGCAAGACGUGGAGAUUUUGUCAGCAGCAUGUAAGGAAGAGAAAAAACGACGUCCAAUGUGUCAGAUUAGUGGAGUAAGAAAACCGAGCCCCAGUCCCAGCCUCCCCCCAACAUGCAUCCCCAGAUUUGGUGUCAACACACAGCACGAGAGCAUCCUGGCCAAGGAGCUUGAGCACAUUGAUCAGUGGGGUAUGGAUAUGUUUAAGAUAGCAGAUUAUUCUGGGAAUCGGCCACUGACAGUCCUAAUGUUCAAAAUUUUUCAGGAGCGAGAUUUGCUCAAAUCCUUUAAAAUCCCAUCGGACACCUUCUUAACUUUCCUGAUGACUUUGGAAGAUCACUACCAUAUGGACGUGGCCUAUCAUAAUAACGUCCACGCAGCAGAUGUUGUGCAAUCCACACAUGUUCUUUUGUCCACACCAGCCCUAGAGGACGUGUUCACAGAUCUUGAGGUCAUGGCUGCUUUGUUUGCCAGUGCUAUUCAUGAUGUGGACCAUCCAGGAGUAACCAACCAGUUCCUUAUUAACACAAACUCUGAACUAGCUCUAAUGUAUAAUGAUGCUUCAGUGUUGGAGAAUCAUCACCUGGCUGUGGGAUUCAAGCUUCUACAGGAGGAGAACUGUGACAUCUUCCGCAAUCUCAGCAAGAAACAACGUCAGUCCCUGCGGCAGAUGACUAUAGAUAUGGUAUUAGCCACUGAUAUGACCAAACACAUGAAUUUCCUGGCUGAUCUGAAGACAAUGGUGGAAACCAAAAAAGUGACCAGUCUUGGAGUCUUACUGCUAGACAACUACUCAGACCGUAUACAGGUGCUCCAGAACAUGGUGCACUGCGCUGACCUCAGCAACCCCACCAAACCCCUGGAGCUCUACCGACAGUGGACAGAUCGCAUUAUGGUGGAGCUCUUCAGUCAAGGUGACCGGGAGCGUGACAAAGGCAUAGAAAUCAGCCCCAUGUGUGACAAACACACAGCUUCUGUUGAAAAAACUCAGGUGGGAUUCAUUGAUUAUAUUGUCCACCCUUUGUGGGAGACAUGGGCUGAUCUGGUCCAUCCUGAUGCUCAGGACAUUCUAGAUACAUUAGAGGACAAUCGUGAAUGGUACCACAGCAUGAUUCCACGUAGCCCGUCCCCAACACUUGAGGAACAGGACCCACGGGAGAUGAUUGGCACUGGAGGCUCAUCAGGAGAGAAGUUCCAGUUUGAGCUGACUCUUGAGGAAGAGGACGGAGAGUUAGAAGCUGAAAAGGAGCACACAGAGACAUCAAGGACUAUAGCGGACACCAAUCAUCCAUCCAUGUCCCAGAGCCUUACGCUUGGAGGCCCUCCUAUUUUAGAUUACAGUGAAAGAGAACUGGACCAAGAAAUGACCAACAUAUCCAUCAUGCAGUUAGAAACUUAACAUGGCCCUGUACUAACAGAGCUGCUUUAGUUGUGUUUCAUUAUCCCUGUCUCUAAUGGAGCACUUGAUGCUGACUUCUGGUUUUGAGGCCUUUGGUCAUGCAUGUCUGUGAGGACUACGAGACAGUAAGGUGUCCUAUUUGUAAUUACAGAAGGAUGUUUGAGAGCCCUCCUUUUGUAGUCAAUAUGUUCCCUCAAUACACUCUUUUGUCCUGCCUGCACUUGUAUGGACUCCACAGCAGACAUUUGGGACAAGGCCUUUUUCACAGUCAAUAACUGGAUGAGAUUGGGAUUAAUUUGUUGGAAAGUACCUGUGUAGCUGCAGUCUAUAAAAAUCAUCCACUACCAAAACUGGAGUAUUGUCCUCAUAAAAACUCUUGCUUUUGUUUGUUCUUAUUAAAUCAUUGGACCCAAGGUUUAUCUGAGCAAAUGAGCCUGUAUUUUAGAGCUACUGUAUAUUUGUGUCCUAGGCACAGAAAUUGGCAAAGGACUGAGGAGGAACUUGUAAAUUAAUGUUUCGAGAGACACAGAGUCUUCCCUUGAGCAACUGUCCAUGCCAAUUGAAGAGGAAAGCUGAUGUACUCAUUAUGUAACUGUCACUGAACAUUUUCACCACACUCUACAAUAUUUAUUAUCUUGAAACUUUUUAAUUUUGGAUAUCUUAAUGCUUUUGCUUUUUUUGCCACUGAAACAUUACCUAGAUGAUUUAACUGUCAAAAUAUUAGAAUACCAUAUGGAGAAUCCCUUUACAUAUGUCUUUGUACUGAAAUACCUUUAUACCUCGAAACAUUAGCACUAUGUAGACAUGUUGAUUAUAUCAAUAUAAAUAGGAUUGAAUUAUCCUCAGUGCUAAUUUAUGAAUCUUUAAAAAUCUUUGCAAAACAAUUUUUUAUUUGUUUUUUGCAAAUCUAAAUAUCCCCACACUAACAUCAUCACUAAAUCAAUGUUUUCAUGCCAAUUCUCUCUGAAGUAUCCAUGUGUGGCUGCCUAUCAGAGUCUACUUAGCUCGAGAUGGAGCUCUUGUUUUAAAAUUAAUGGGAGAAAUUGGAACACCCAAUAUGGUGGUUAUAGAAAAGGAAGUCCUGCCUUACAUGUCAAAGAGCCAGUCACCUUUCAGAUACAGACAGCGGCAGUUAGUUAAAUCAAGAAUGCAUUAGCUGGACCAUGCCAAAAAUAGGGGGCUAAAGAAGCACUAUUUCUGAUACCACUGUUGUCAGAUUUUACUGCCAAGUUGAAAUAUGUCUUGAUCAUAAUCUUGACCAACCAUUGUAGUCUUUCCCCAUUCAACUAGAUAGGAUAUAUACUUUUAUGCUGUUCAUAUCCAUAGAACAAUAGCUGCUCGGGAGCAUUCCAAAGAUGGCCGCUGAGUGAAUUGCCUUUACUUUGGUUCUAUAAAAAGCUCUGACAUUUUACCCUAAGGUCUGUUUCAUACUGCACACAUAAACAGCACUUCUUUAUAAAUAUAUGCAAUUUCAGCGAAAAACAGCUAAGACAUUCUUUAAAAUGGCAGUAUGUGACUGAAGGGGCUGGGGACUUGGAGGGCUGAACUGAUAUCUACUUAUCUAGAUAUGCUUCUAGUUGUGCAAUCAUCUAAAAUCGUAUGUCAAAAACCUGCCCUUAUUAUGCUAAAUGCAAUUCAACAUGUGCCUUGUUUUACCCACCCCAUGAAAUAAGGGCUGCCUUAUAGGCAACAAAAGACGAGCAUCUUUAUUACACGCUUACAUUAUUAUGGCAAAUGAAUGUUUAUUUAGUCUAUGUAGACUACGAACCACUGAUUUAUAAUAUAGAACUGGAUUGCUGAUGACGUCACUGCGCUGCCAUAUUGCUAUGCCCAAACAUUCCAGUGUGCCUAUUGACUUAAUAGAAAAUCUUCUCUUUUCAAGCAUUAGACAUUCAAUCACCGAUUUUAUUUCUACCUGUAAAUUCCUACAAUGCAAACAUCCUAAACAUUUUAUUAUUUAUUUAUUGAAAGUCUGGAAUUUUAUCUAUAUCAAAUAUUAUACCUCUAACAAAUUUCAGUGGUGAACAGAUCAGAUGAAUGUAAACAAGUUCACUGAGACAGAGGUAAAAUACAACAUUUUCAGACUUACUUAUUGUAAACAUCGAAGUGGACCAACUUCGGUGGCAGUGUACUGUUGCAUCAGCUGAUCCAGUUCUACAGUACAUGUAUAUAUAUAUAUAUAUAUAUAUAUAUAUAUAUAUAUAUAUAUUCACCAACUACUUUUUUAUCUCACUUUUUUAUCUCAGAAUGCACAGCACGUCGAACCUUGAGGCGGAUGGGCUACAACACAGAAGACCACGUUGGGGGUUCCUACCAUCUGUGUACUUCUGCAGAAAUCGAGAUUUAUCAGACCAGGCUAUGUUUUUCCAGUCUAUAACAAUCCAGUUUUGGCAAGCCUGUGCCCACUACAGCCUCAGAUUUCUGUUCUUGGCUGACAGAAGUGGAACCCAAUGUGGUCUUCUGCUGUUGAAUUCAUUCGCCUCAAGAUUCAACAUGUUGUGCAUACUGAGAUGCUAUUCUGCUCACUGUACAGAAUGGUUAUUUGAGUUGCCUUAGCCUUUCUGUCAGCUCGAACCAGUCUAGGCAUUCUCUGUUGACCUCUCUCAUCAACUAAUCGUUUUCGUCCACACAACUGCCGCUUACUAGAUAUGUAUUGUUUUUGGCACCAUUUUGAGAAACUCUAAAGACUGUUGUGAGUGAAAACCCCAGGAGAUCAGCAUUUACAGAAAUACUCAAACCCGCCCAUCUGGCACCAACAAUCAUGCAAUGGAUGAAAUCACUGAGAUCACAUUGUUAUCCCCAUUCUGAUGGUUGUUGUGAACAAUAACUGAAGCUAACAGACCUGUAUCUACAUGAUCGGAUGCAUUGCACUGCUGCCACACGAUUGGCUGAUUAGAUAAUCACAUGAAUAAGUAGGUGUACAGGUGAACCUAAUAAAGUGGUCGGUGUGUGUAUAUCAGUUCUACGAAUGCAAAAAUUAAACUAAGGGGGCAGAAAUCAGAUCUAAGUGCCGGGUCUGUUCAUAAGUGACUGAAGUGACUGAGCUCUCUACAAAUGGUAGCAUCAUACAAAUAGUGCUACUCAUGCAAAUUACAAAAGAGACUUGACUCGUAUUACUUUGUUCGAAUGGAUGCACUGCACAGAUCAAUCGCGCCUAGCUUGAUCCAAUGCAUGCUGGUUAGACAUUUUGUCCGACUUUCUUCAGCGCCACUGCUGUGUCACCAUGACAUAUGCUAUCAAAGAACCACAAGAACGAGGUGCGACCAGCCACUUGGGUCAGCCAGACUCUCUGAUGAAAAUGAUGACGUGCAUGUCAUGUUUAUUCUGACACCUUUAGUUCUGAUAACUCUCACAAAUCCAGGUUUUUAUAACAGUAAAAUUCUAUUUUCAUGAAAUCUUAAAGCGAUAUUUCACCCAAAAAUGUAAUUCUCUCAUCAUUUACUCACUAUCCCAGAUGUGUGACUUUCUUUCUUCUGCUGAACACAAAUGAAGAUUUUUAGAUUUAGGUACUCACAUUGUAAGUGAAUGAUUUGCUUCAAAUUUUGAAGCUACAAAAGGACAUAAAUACAGCAUAAAAGUUAUCCAUAUGACUCCAGUGGUUAAAUCUUCAGAAGCGGUAUGAUAAGUAUUCAUGAGAAACAGAUCAAUGUAUAUAUAAAAAGUCCUUUUUUAUAUCUAUCAAUCUCCACUUUCACUUUCAUUACCUUCUUUUGAUUUUGUCAAUUCACACUCUUUUGUGCUUAACAAUUUAUAUUUUUCUCACCUACACUGAAAGGACCUAAAGAGCUGAAAUAUUUUUCUAAAAUUCUUCAUUUGUGUUCAGCAGAAGAAAGAAAGUCAUAUCUGGGAUGGUAUGAGGUUGAGUAAAUAAUAAGACAAUGAAAAAUUUGGGUGAUCAAUCCCUUUAAUAUUUUAUAUCCUGUUUAUAAAAUUAAAUAAUAAAAUGAUUUAAAAUAAUCUGACUCCUUUAUUGGAAUUACAAUAACAUAGGCUUUUUACACACUGGCACUGUAUUAAGCAGCACAUAACCUAUUCAAAUUAAUAGUAUUCUGGUUAUUAUUAUUACAUGAAACGUUCAAACGUCUGUCUAUUUAUCACAUCCAAAAUCUGCCAUGACUGAUGUAAGUUCAACACAUUAUAGGAAGCAUAAAGUGUCUGAUUUGACAUCUCUCUUUCCAUCUUCUCCCUUGACUACAACCGGCAAAGCUCGCAGAUCAAGUCGAACACAUCAACAGUAAUGAUACAUGUGGUGGCAGCAUAACUAUGAUUUCUUAAAAUGGUGCCUACAUAGGGAGCUCACUAGGUUUUGAAACAAAAUACAAUUUUAAAAUAAUACAAUUGUUUUUAUUAUUUAAAAAAAACCUUCCUAUCUAAAAAGAUCAGCAGUCAGCAGCGCUGAGAAAGGAACUGUUGUCAGAGCUUACAAUUACUUUAACUUUGAUACCUUUAUAUCUGAAAGAUAUAAACUUGAAAUCAUGUUGAUACUUUGUUUGCAAUACAGUUCCAUGUAUUCUGAAUUACAGUGAACAUACUGUCUUUGAAAUGUUUGUCAAACAGUAACAGUAUACACUCAAAGCUGAAAUUGUCACAUAACCCUGUAGCCUUGGUCACACAUUCUUAGAGAUCAGAAAUAAAUGCCUGUGUAGAGCAUACAGCCUUAAACCACAUCCCUUUAUCUUCAGUGCCCUUUCAGCAGUAACUGUGAGAGAUUUUUUCUAUCAGUUUGUUGACGUGAUCUGUGUCCUCUUCUGUAAUGUGUUUAGGGUUAUUUACUGUAUAUGUUAAUAUAACUGAUAUUGUUGAAACUAUUUAUUCGGUUUGUUUACAUGUCGAGGCCACAUAUGUGUCUGAUUAGGGUGGCUUGUCACAGUGUGUGUUUGUGCCCUUUGUCUCCACUGUCAGAGCCAAAAAAUACCCAAUUCUUAAUUCAGGUUGUUCUGAAUUGCCAAUAAAUUAUAAAAACAUGGUUUUGUUGCAUGGUUCUGAGCUAAGCCAAACAUUCAUUAAUAAAACAUGUGUCAAGAACAGGUAGGCACAAGAGAGCUCACCAGAACUCUGAACACUGGAUGGCACAGAAAUAGGGUUGCCACCUCUCCAGGAUUUUCUGGGAAAAUUUUCCUGAUACUUUCACACAUGAGCACUUUUUUAUAUUCACACUUGGAACCGCAACCCCAUAUAAAAAGAAAGUGAUGGAACGCGCUCUCCUGUACCACUCUCUCAAAUUAAAGAUGAAUUUUAGCGAAUCAGUUCAUUUGGAUAAUUCAUGUAUAUAAAGCUCCUCUAAACCAUCUUCUCCCUCUCAUAUGAAUCAUUCGGAAGUCUGAUUUAUUUUAGUGAUUUGCCUUGUUUGGACGAUUCAUUUGAGUUUCAUACAGAAUUUGUGCUCCCUGGAUGUCCUUCCUCCCUAGCCCUCUGGCUCGCGAAUUUGGUGGAGGAAUUCCCGACCAGACUCACUACGGUUAUUAAAUACUCUGUACUGGAAUAGGCUCCACAGGUGUCGGUUAUCACGGUAAACCCUGUGUCGUAUUUUCCGCGGUACGGUCCCCCUCUCGGCGGAUCCUCAUCUCCAUUGGGCAGUCCCCUCUGCCCCCGGUCACUGUGUUUGUAGAGCUCCUCCCUCACUAGGCAGGACAUACCACCACGCCACUUCCAUGUGUGGCUUGUAAGCCCAUGUGAUGUAUUUGGAUGUGGUCUCCGUGGGGUCUUUUCCCCCUGAAAGAAUAGGAUUGGAAAAGAACACCUUCCCCAAUGCGUGUGAU